AUGAGCUCUUCGCUUUCAACACCUACUUUUAAAGUUGGGCUCACGUCAGAGGAAAAAUCGUUAUACACUCAGUUAUUCAAAUCGUUGGAUACUGAAAACACCGGUAUCAUUACUGGUGAGAAAGCGCGUACUACAUUUGAAAAGUCCAGCUUGCCUCCAGCAAUUUUGGGUGAAAUAUGGCAACUCGCUGACCAAAACAACUUGGGUUUUUUAAAUCAAUUCGGCUUUUGCUAUGCAAUGAGAUUGAUUGGGUACACACAAGCUGGCCAUCACCCAGCGCCAGGCUUAGCUGAUACGCCAGGUCCGUUACCAAAGUUUGCUGAUUUGCAAUUGCCUCGGUUACAAUCUCAAUCAACUAGUAACUCAUUUUUGUCAAGUCAACCCAACAAUGCCAUUCCUGGGUCUGCCACCCCGCAGGAAUCCAUUGCUGCCGUCAGUGCAGCAGACUAUCAAAGAUUUUCUCAGUUGUUUGCUAAAACCGUAGGCUCUGUGCAAGGUGAAUUGGGUGGAACUCAAGCUAAAGAGAUUUUUUUAAAAGCCAGGUUGCCCACGCCUACUUUGGGUCAGAUUUGGAGUUUAGUCGAUAGAAACAAUUCAGGCUUGUUACAUGUGGGGGAGUUCGUCAUCGCAAUGCAUUUGGUGCAAGGAGUUUUGAGUGGUAACAUUAAGCAAUUACCUCCGUUCCUCCCGGAUUAUGUUUGGAAGUCAGUUGAGAGCGCUAGUGGACCAAUCUCACCUCCACCUCAAUCGCCAAAUUUGUAUCAGAAUCAGCAGUCGUCUCGUCAAACCUCUGUAAGCUCGCAACAGACUGCAAUUAGGCACCCACCAGCUGAUGAAUCAAAGGCUGAUGCUAGCGAAUGGGCUGUUACUCCUGUUAUGAAAGCACAGUAUGAUUCUAUAUUCAACAAUCUUGACAAGGAACACGUUGGGCAUUUGAAUCCAGAACAGGUUGCCUCAUUCUUGAUGACCUCUAAAUUGGAUCAACAGGACUUGGCGACUAUUUGGGACUUGGCAGAUAUUCAAAACACCGGUCUUUUCACAAAAUUGGAGUUCUCCAUUGCAUUGUUUUUGGUGAACAGAAAAGCCAGCGGUAAGAAUUUGCCCAAUGUGAUUCCAGAUAGUUUGAUUUCGUCCAUAAAGGUUCUCGGAUCCAAACCUUCCGCGGAGCCUCCAGCUAGAUCAAAGUCAUCCAUGGACGAUUUAGUUGAUAUUUUUGGCAGUCCAUCCCCCCAACCACAACCAACUGCGCCCAAAUUAGAACACGGACUAUCUAGUAGUGACUUGUCGUACGCAACAAAGCCUCGAUUGACAAGCUCCUUCAAACCAACUUCAAGCUUUGGCCAAACGUUGUUGCAAAAUCAUCAACAAUCACCUCCCUCCACCACUACCACCUCCACCCCAACAACAUUAUCCAAACAAGAGACCUCGUUGGAAAAAGAAAAUCCGGCAAUUGUGCCAACUUCAGCACAACCUCCUGUUACCCAAGCUCAGCAAAAGCAAGUCAACUACGAUGCCUUGCGUAGCGUCCCACCUCCACCGGCAGCUAGAAGCACUUCCGAUCGGUCUCAACCUGCCAACGAAGAUUUAUUGGCUGACCCUGGACACUCGGUACAGUUAUCUCAGGCAACUUCUGACUUGGCGAACGUUUCAAAUCAAAUCAACUCCCUUAGGACUCAAACAACAAACUUGGACGAUAAAAAAUCUAAAGCUGAAACAGAGCUCCAAAGGUUAUUGAACGCAAAAGUCGAGUUUGAAAAGAAACUCGAACAAUUGAGGACAUCUUAUGAUAAUGAAGCUAAACAAGUUACGGAAAUUGAGGGCAGAUUGGCCUCAGCUAAGGAGGAGAACGAAGCCUUAAGAUCGGAAACAUCAAUUGCAGAGGCAAAACUCAACUCAUUGUCAGGUGAUUCACGCCAAAAGCAAGUGGCUCUUGAAGAGUUGCAGAAAGAAAAUAGCUCAUUCAAAGACAAGUUGCAAAUAUUGAAUGCAGACACAACUGAACUUGAAAAUCAAUUGAAGUUGAGAAACAAUGAUGUACAAGAUUUGCAAAAGAAGGUGGAAAUUAAAAAAGCUCAAGCACAUCAGCAAUUUACACAAAAUGAAAAGUUGAAAAAUGCAAUUGCUGACACUGAGGAGGAAUAUAGAAAUCUCCAAUUUGAGCUUGAUAGCCAAGAAAGAGAGAGAUUGGAACAAGAAGAGCAGCAGAAAAAGUUGCAACAGCAACAUGAAGAGUUGAAAGCUAACAAACCAAAGAAAGCUGCUGGUGUAGCUGCUGUUGUUGGGGCUGCUGCUGCUGCCGGGGCUGUUGGUGGUGCUGUGGCAGGUGUCGUUUCUGGUCAUCCAGAUGGUUCAGAAGAACAAGAUUCCGUGUCCACCAUUGAGCAAUCAGAGAAGGAUAAACACGAAGACGCUCCAGUAAAGGGUGUCAAAGAAUUAUCCAUAACAGAAUCUGGUGCAACAGAGCAAGAUAAUGGAGAUACGCCAAUCACUUCUCCCAGUAACUCUGAACUCCAAUACCCACAAGGAAACGAUGCAGGGUUUGCAGGUGGGAUGGUUGGAAUGCCCGGUGUAUUGGUUGGGAUCCAGAGAACUGAAUCUCUUACCUCAAGUGUCCAAAAUAAUCCACCAUUGUCAGUUAGAGACGACGAUGUGGAACAGACACUUGGAAGUGACAAAGGGUCGUCCUCGUUUGAAUUAGUCGAAGGUAGAUCCCCUGAAUUUCCCCCAAUCAAGGAACUUGACUAUCAAGAAAGUGAUUCUGAGGAGGAGGAAGAAUCCCAUUUUGAUGAUGCUGUCGACAAUUUCAAGCAAGCAAAUCAACACACUAAUCAACACACCAAUCAAGAUACACAAUUUGAUGACGAUAUGUUUAACGACCUUCAACCAGCAACCGAAGACGUGGAUGAAAAUUUCAAUUUGGAACCUGCUGAAGUGGAGAACAACGACACAGAAGAGUUUGAAAAGCCUGAAGCAAACAAGGAUGAGUGGGAACAAUUAUUCGCUGGAUUUGGAAAUGACUAUCUUACCAAGUCCAUUCCUGAAAUCACCAAGGAUUCCCUUCGGUUCCAAAAUGCACCACCUCUACCAUCUCAGCACAACAAGACCAAUGAACUACGAAAGAAUAUUAUCAAUCCAAACAUCCUCAACGACAUUUUCUUGGACAUUCCUCCCAAAGUUGAAGUUGCAAAGUCGCAGCGGUUCUUUAACAGCUUAAAGGUUAACUUGGACUGGACAUUGGCAGACUAUCAUGAAAUCCCUGAUGUCAAGUACGAAAUCUUGAAGGCAAAAGCCAUGGAACGCCAAGCAACCAGUACGAAUGGGCCCAAGAGGACAUUUGGAAUAAAGCCGGAGAUGUUGAAGAUGCUACCGGAGGUACUUCUAAUGGGACGCACUAAUGCAGGGAAAUCGUCGUUGAUAAACAAUUUGUUAGUUCCAAAAAGAAACUUGGCAAGGCAUGAACAAUUGGCAUAUGUCUCAUCGAAAGCUGGAUUUACAAAAACAAUGAACUGCUUCAGACUUUCCAACCAGCUACGUAUGGUUGACAGUCCUGGGUACGGAAGAGGUGGUGUUGAAACGCAAGGAGAAAUGGUUCUUGCGUACAUAAACAACCGGAAACAAUUGCAACGAGUGUUGCUCUUGAUCCCAAGUGACCUCAAAAAAGAAGACAUGCAGCUUGUACAAUACUUGAUAGAGAGGGAUGUAUCUUUCGAUAUUGUGUUCACCAAAUUGGAUGACUUGUUAAAGAAGUUCCUUAGAAAGGAUAUCUUCAAACAAGACAAUGCCCAGGAUAUGAUUAAAGAGGCAAACCAGAGGGUUGUAGAACACUAUGCCACGUUAAUCGAUGAAUUAAGCUUACAAGAUGUGUCAGAAAGUCCAAGAUUUAUGUUCAAUAAUGCUCAAACCAACAACUUUUUGACGGACUUUUCGGGCUUAAAGACCAUUAGAUAUAACUUACUAAAAAGCUGCAACUUGGUUUAA